AUGUCGCCAUCAAACACGCCAGAAGCUCGAGACACCAGCUACGUCGAGAUGCACGACAAAAACGAAGCUGCGCUGAUCGGCAAGCACUGCGAAUAUGACUACUGCAACCAACUCGAUUUUCUCCCUUUCUUCUGUCAGUCAUGCCGGAAAACAUUCUGUCUCGAUCACCGAAGCGAAGGGGCACAUAAAUGUACAAAUCCCGGUGCGUGGGCGGAACGAAAGCGCCAGAGAGAGCUUGCGCAGCCAAGCAUUGGACAAGGAAAGAUUCUAAGGGACAAGGUGUCCCAAAAGCCUUGCGCAUCGCCCGAAUGCAAGACCACAAUCGGCACAUCUUUGACGCCUGGUGUACAUUGUCAAACGUGUAACCGAGAUUACUGCCUGAAGCAUCGUCUAAAGGAGGACCACAAUUGCAGUAACCUGAUACCCAUCGGAGCUCGGCCUAUGCAAUUCGAUGUUGGUCAGAAGACAAAGACGGCAUUCGACAAACUGCGCGCAUGGGGUACAGCAAAGAAAGAGCAAGCUGGCAGAGCUUUGCCCAAACCAAAGCCAAGCUCUGCCUCGGCACGUAUCAUUGCUGUAAACAACCUGAAGAAGACAGCCAAGGGCGACGACAAGACACCUGUCGAGAAGAGAGUGUAUAUCUAUGUGGAAGCUGAAGCAGAAACAGCAAAAGCCAAGUUUCCCAAGGGGGAGUUCUUCUACAACAAGGAUUGGGUUGUGGGCCGAGUUCUGGAUGCUGCAGCAAGGAGCCUGCAGGUACAAAACAUCAACAACCAAAGCUCAGAUGAGAAGGACAAGCUUCGCGUCUUCCACGUUGAAGGAGGCAGAAUUUUGGAGUAUAACGAAAAGGUUGGAACGGCGUUGCAGAGUGGAAAUACUGUGGUUUUGUUGCGUGGCGUUGGACCAGCUACCCCAGACCUGAUUGAGGCGUGA